UAUAUAUGAUUUUAUAAAAUUACUUUUAUAAUUUACACUAAGUAAAAAUUUUAAAGAAUUUAUAAUUUUUCAGCUGUAACAGAAAUGUUAAUGGAACCUGGAAAAAUUCCUGGUAGCAGUGGAACAAGAAAUCUUAAAGAUAAUAUUUCUGAUUUAAGAGCACAAGUUGCUGCAAAUCAAAAAUUGUAUUUUGUUUUUGGCUUCUUUAGCAACAGCUCAAAUUUAUAUGUUUUAAUGGCUUUAUAUUCACAGAACAAUGCAGAAAUUGCUGUUAGAAAUAUGCUGAAAGAAAUUGGUAAUAAAGUUUCAUUCUCAGAUAACUAUGUAAAUUUAUGUGCUGAAGAUUACAUGGAUGAUGGAACAAUGAUUAAACUUCAGAUUCAAAUAGAUAAAAAUCAAGGAACUGCUAUAUUUGAUUUUAAUGAUACUGGUUAUGAAGUAUAUGGAAACUGUAAUGCUCCAAAAGCUGUCACACUGUCUGCAAUAAUAUACUGUUUACGCUGUAUGGUUGGCUAUGAUGUUCCUCUAAAUCAGGGUUGUCUUGCACCUGUAAAAGUUAUCAUUCCAAAAGGAUCAAUAUUGUCACCAUCACAAGAUGCAGCUAUUGUAGGAGGAAAUGUAUUAACAUCACAAAGAAUUGUAGAUGUGGUUUUCAAAGCUUUUAAAUCUUGUGCAGCAUCUCAG